AUGGCCUGGUUGAUAACUCAGUGUAGAGGCAAAUGGAAAGCAAAGGCAACAAGCGUCUCUGUCUCUCCAUCAUCUGCAAGGCAAGGCACCUCCCAGGCUGCGGCAAACCAAACCUCCUUCAAGAUAUUGUUCCGCCAUCAACACAGGGCCAAACUCAGCAAGCACCGAACCGUGGCACAGGCCUAG